CUUGUUGUCCAUCCAUACUAUUAAACCGAUUACACAUGGGUGGUUCUUUGGUGAUUUUCUCACUCAUUCAGAUUUCAGCCCGGGGCCCCAGCGGCUCCUGUUUGAGCUUCUGGUAUGUUUGAGUGGCAGUUAGUGAAACGUCAUUGGUUCUUCGGAGGGGCAGAGUCACGCCAAUCACUCACAUCCAGCGCCGGGAAUAAGAGCCGGUGUGUGAGUUGCGCGGUUAUUCGCUCUCAAACUGGCUGCUGCACUCUACUACUGUUAACUGGACGCGAUAAAAAGAGCUUGUCCUUAUAUCGAGCAUUUAUUUAGCUUGUGCAGUAUUUGUAGGGCUCGCUGUCUUGACCGUUUGUAUUUUGUAAGCGAACUUCCAAUAUUCAUGUGGAAUACGGACAUGAUUUAUGUUCUGUAGCGUUUGGACAUCUCCGACAGCGUGCGGAGAUUAAAAUCUCCAUUCAGUGGUCUCCAAAGAAUGGAAAAGAGUCUUCUGCCUGGAUCAAGCGACAUUGUGAUGGCCACCCCACCGAGUUCAUUUCAGCAGGAGCCUCUCACGCCCCCGAGAUCCUCCCUCAAGCCCAACCAAGUUGGGCAAGUCAUCCUCUAUGGGGUGCCUAUCGUCUCACUUGUAAUUGACAACCAAGAGCGGUUAUGCCUGGCUCAGAUAUCGAACACCCUCUUAAAAAACUACAGCUACAAUGAGAUCCAUAAUCGUCGCGUGGCUCUGGGCAUCACCUGCGUGCAGUGCACCCCAGUCCAGCUAGAGAUCCUUCGGCGGGCGGGCGCCAUGCCCAUCUCGUCACGCCGGUGUGGGAUGAUCACCAAACGGGAAGCCGAGCGACUGUGCAAGUCUUUCCUGGGUGAGAAUUCACCACCCAAGCUGCCAGACAACUUUGCCUUUGACGUGAUGCAUGAAUGUGCUUGGGGCUGUCGAGGAAGUUUCAUUCCAGCACGCUACAACAGCUCCAGGGCUAAAUGCAUCAAGUGCUCUUACUGUAAUAUGUACUUCUCUCCUAACAAAUUCAUCUUCCACUCGCACCGCACACCUGAGGCCAAGUACACGCAGCCAGAUGCCGCCAACUUCAACUCCUGGCGUCGACACCUUAAACUGACGGACAAAAUGCCACAAGAGGAUCUGAUGUUUGCCUGGGAGGAUGUUAAAGCCAUGUUCAAUGGAGGAAGUCGCAAAAGGGCACUUCCCUCUUCUAACUGCUCACCUAUGGGCCCUGUUAAGGCCAUCAACUCAGUUCUGCCCCACAUGAUCUCUCCGGAACUAGCCCAGAAGAGGGGCAGGUAUGAGGAUGAUAAUGAUCUGGACACCAACAGCCUCUCGCCCCGUAAAGCCCCCCGCAGUUACCCAGUCAUCCCUGUCCCAAGCAAAGGUUUCGGUAUGCUACAGAAGUUCCCAACAACAUCACUGUUCCCUAGUCCCUACACCUUCCCUGCAUUUGGCCUUUGUCCACAGAAGAAGGACGACAAUGAGGCAACCAAUGGACAGAAAAACAGUGGCCUUUCAGGGCUUCUCUGGCCUGGUCGCAAGGACACUUUUUACCCACCCUUCUGCAUGUUCUGGCCUCCAAGGGCAACAGGGGGCAUUCCAGUACCCACAUAUCUCCAAGCCCAACCCAAUUCCCUUUCCUCCCUUACAGAAAGCCCGUCUCUCAGACAAGCUUUUUUGGAUCUGUCUGAACAGGGUGAUGCCAGUUCUGGCUUGGACACCAACCCCAGAUCUGGGCUUUUUGAGAGCGACUGCCCACCCAUAACCUCUGACUUGCGACCUGCUUCAGAAGGCUGGCUAAAGCUGCUGGAUGCUCCCUCGUUGCAAGCCCGCAAGGCCAGCUACCACUCUGCCUUUCGUCCGGUGGUCAAAGACACAGAAAGCAUCGCCAAGCUCCACGGCAGCCUAGAGGACUUUAGGCCUGAGAGUCACCUUUCUCCCGGUACCAGCUGCAGCUACCAGAGUGAAAGCGGUGAAAGUGACGAAGAGCAAGAAGUCGAUGUGGAGACGAAACAAGAUGAAGAACAAGAGCAGUUCAGCAACCAAACCCCACAGACCCCUCCACAUCAAACAGUGCAGCAGCCCUGCGGCCUGCACAUACGUGGACUUCCUGACAGCAGCGCGGGAGAACAGGACGAAGAACAAGCCUCGUUCCCCACCAUCCCCACGGAGACCUCAGCUGAGGACAAACCCAGCCUCACUGUCAGUCCGCCCACCAUUCUCAAAGUCCCCAGCCCCAUUCACGCCUCGCUGGAGGAAAGUGCCAUGUACAAAAAUGCACACAAGAACAGAGACGACGGGCUGCCGGCCUAUGCAACCAAAAACAAAACAACCAUCUCAGAUGACAACAAAGAUCAAAGCAGUUUCUUUGUCCCAGAGACAGAAACAUCAGCACCAGAAUACUGGCGAGAGACUCCAACAGAUCAAAGUCAAGACCCAAACUCACCCAUAUCCCUCAAGAAGGAUGUUGAGAACAUGGAAAAAGAGGAACUGCAGAAAGUUCUCCUUGAGCAGAUCGAUUUACGGAGGAGACUGGAGCAGGAGUUUCACGCCCUGAAAGGCAGCUCCCCAUUCCCAGUUUUCCAUAAUUUUCAGGACCAAAUGAAGAGAGAACUGGCCUAUAGGGAAGAGAUGGUGCAGCAGUUACAGAUGAUUCCCUAUGCAAACAUCUUUAGAAAAGAAAAGGUUGGGACACAUCUAAACAAAAGCUAAAUGGUGACUUCGUCUGAAACAAAAUCGAGCAGUUUCAACAUUUCAACGAGGUUCAAAUAAUCUAAAUCUCCAUGGUGAUUCAGCACAACAGAAGUAACAACGUCCUCCGCCCCAUGAGCUGCCUUCACUGGAAUGAAAAUGAUGAAUGCUGUCAUUGAUAAGACCACACCAAACGAUGCCAAUCUCUUCAAUGAAACCAAAUGACACACCAUUCAACUAAUAUACAGAACAAUUAAAUGCAUACCAAUGAUUUAUAAUACAUUUGUAAUAUUUCCUGUACAGUUACCCCGUUUUGAUUAUUUAUGAAUUUAUUUAAGAUUAUUUAUUACCCCAUGCAUUCACUUAUUUAUUAAAAACUGCAAACUGUACAGUUAUAUUAGCUGUAGGUUGUAAAUAGACAAAAAUGAGGUUGUGAGGGGUAUGGAUUGCUCUGUACUGUGGCUUAUGUCUGAGAGCAAUCUGAAAGUGUGUAAAACUUUCUUGUUUUGCCUGUUUAAAUACAACAUUUACAUAAACACAAGAUUUUAAAAAAGUUAUUAUUAACUGUU